CGAUAUUCUUGAGGCUCGAAGUAUUUCUGCGAACGGGUUUCGAUUGUACAUACAUGUUAACACUAAACAUUUGAAGCGUUAUGAUGAACUUCAUUUUAUUUUAACCUCGUAUAAACAAAACAUGAUACGUUUUCAAUAUGGCAAGUAAAGAAGACGAUUCGGGUUGCGAUAUAUGCCUAGAAAGCAACGUAACAGCGUACUGUGAAGAUUGCAAUGGAUACCUGUGCAAUUCAUGUUUUGAAAAGCAUGCAUUAUCAAGGUUGUUUAGAGGCCACAGUGCUAAAAUAGUCAGUGAAGAAUCCGCUAAAGAUCGUAACAUUCAGUCACUUGAUAAAGGAAAUGAAAUGAAAGGAGAUGAUCCAGGAAAAUGUGGUAAACAUGUAACGGAAAAUGAAGUGUUUUAUUGUGAUAAGCACGAUAAAGUUAUUUGUGGACGAUGUGUACAUGCGGAUCAUCGUCUUUGUGAUGGUCACAUAGCUGAUUUAAUAGAGCAGAGUAGCAACGUCGAUGCUGGACAAACACUAUCAAUGCUGAAAGAACUUCAAGAGAAUGUUAAUUCUAAAGCGAUUAAGAACGAUGAAAAUGAACGGAAUAACAGAGAAACUACUGAAAACUGUUUGGAAGAUGUAGAGAAAUUUCGACAGCAAAUAAAUGCUCGUAUAGAUUUUCUGCAAUGUCAGAUUGAAGAAAAGGCGAAAAACAAAAGCAACGCAAACAAAGUAUUGAUUAUUGAUAAAUCAUCGGUAUUUGAAGACACCCGUCAAUGGUUAAUAAGCAAAAACGAAGAAAUUCAAAAUUUGUCUGCAAAGAAACAGUCAUUAGCUUUAUGCGUAGCCUUGAAAAGAAUAGAGCGAGAGAUGCCGGAAAUUAGGAGAAAGGUAGAGGUUGCGGAUAACAGAGAUACGGCCAUGGUAUUUGCUUUUAAAGGAAAUGUAAAACUGUUGACGUUUUUGAAUGAAACGAUAAAUGAUUUCGGGGAAAUAAUAGAUGAUGUAAAUGGAAGUGAUGAGUUGGUCGACAAUGUUUCUACAUUGGUAAAACGAGAAAACACCAAAACCAAAAAGGCAAUAGGACCAAGAUGGUUUGAAUAUGACACGUCGUCCUCCGAAGGUGUUCACCGGUGCAGCGAAGACCUUUUGACGACAGUUUAUAAUGUUUUGAAAGUGGCGAAUGAGAGGUAAAUGGCUUCUGUUGCACUUCCGGCUAUUAGUUCUGCUAUUUUUGGAGUUCCUGUGCAACUAUGUGCAAUGGAAUAUGCCAGAGCCGUGAAGCGUUUCAGCAAAGAUUUUCCUGCUGCCAAUCUACGGGAGGUUCACUUUGUGGAUAUAACAGCCCAGACGAUUAAAG